CGUUGGGCGAUGUGAGUGCCAGCCUCGGGCCCAGGGCGCAGCCCAUCAGAGAGGUGGUGGUGGUGGCCCCGCGAGGAGAAAUUUUCUUCCCUACUUUCCUCAAACCCCCGCUUCGGCUGCCCCCUCAACCCUAGUCCGCCCGCCGCGCCGGCUACUCUAAUACUCGCCACCCAAGCCGCCCGCCGUCUCGCCCUCCCGCCGCCUCCCUCAUCCUCCCCUCGACCUCGUCUGCUCCUAUGGCGACUGUGCCAGUCAACCCUAAACCUUUCUUGAACAACCUAACAGGGAAGCCUGUAAUUGUCAAACUUAAGUGGGGUAUGGAGUACAAAGGUUAUCUUGUUUCUGUGGACUCCUACAUGAAUCUUCAGCUUGCUAACACAGAGGAGUACAUUGAUGGGCAAUUCUCUGGGAACCUGGGAGAGAUUUUGAUCAGGUGCAACAAUGUUCUGUACCUCCGAGGUGUUCCAGAAGAUGCUGAGAUAGAGGAUGCGGAGUGAGAAGACUUUGAACCAUGUUUAGAUUGAUUGAUGUAAUAUGAUUCUGACAUGUGUUUGGGGUGCUGGGGACAACCUAUUCUGCCGAAUCCUUGCUUUGAACUUUAUGAUUGACGAAGCGUGUCCUGCUUUCAGUUAGGCUAUACUGUCAUUCUUCUGAACGUUUGAAGUUUGAACUGAGAGCUAUGACUAGACAUGAUGCUCAAACUUCUUUCAGUUAUGAGUAUGACUAGACAUUCUGCUGAAUCUGAGAAGCAUCAGAUUUCCUGACCA